UAGCUUUGAACCGUCGCCGCAGAAGCAACGCGUUUUCGUUUCGCGCAUGGAUUUAUAAUUUAUUUACAAUAAAAGAAAAGAGAAGCACAGCAAUUAAAAUUGCUAGCGGUGGUGCUAAUCGUCCAUUUAAGUGCGUAAAAUUUUCGUUUUAUCUGUUGGUUGGGGCAAACGAUAGAAAGAAAGAAGCAAAAAGCCCAUUCCAAUUUCCCAUUCCACUCCACUGAAUAGCAGCACAAAAGAGAAAAGGUGAAACGCACGCACACACACAUCCAUCCAUAGAGAGAGCAAGUACGAGGUGGAGAACGGGAGAGCAGUUUGGGUGUGUGUGUGUGCAGCUGAAGUUAUGACGCUGCCCACUCUGUACAUGUGUGAGUGAGAUUUAGUCUUGUCCACUCAACCUGCGGCAUAAACAACAACAAAAGAACAUAGUAAAAAAGAUAAAUUUAUUGAUUUCCCUCCAACACAAAAAAGAGAGAAAAGAGAAGAACAACAAAAUAUCACAAUUCCGCCCAAGCAACAGGAUUUUAAACGCCUCUUCCAUAAGUUUGCUAAACCGUCCGUUUCUCCCUUACCCACGCAAACGAAUACAAACACACACACACAGACAAACAUUCCCCACAUUCCUCCCUUUCCCUUCUCCCAGCACUCCCCUCAAUAAGUCUUCAAUCAUGGCCAGUCCGAGCACAGAUGGCGGCGCUCAACAAACAGUUCUGGAGCUUCGCAUGGAAGUGGAACGCCUGACACGAGAACUAGAUCAGGUCUCCAGUGCCAGCGCUCAAUCGGCCCAAUAUGGACUCUCACUGCUCGAGGAGAAAUCCGCGUUGCAACAGAAAUGCGAGGAACUGGAAACAUUAUAUGAUAAUACACGACAUGAGCUGGACAUUACGCAGGAGGCUCUUACCAAAUUCCAAACCUCGCAAAAGGUGACCAAUAAAACAGGCAUUGAGCAGGAGGAUGCUCUGCUCAAUGAGUCUGCCGCACGAGAGACUUCACUGAAUUUACAAAUCUUUGAUCUGGAGAAUGAGAUCAAACAGCUGCGCCAUGAGCUGGAGCGAGUGCGCAAUGAACGGGAUCGCAUGUUGCAAGAGAAUUCCGAUAUUGGUCGUGAUAAGAGCGAUAAUGAGGCGGAACGUUUGCGUCUCAAAUCGGAGUUAAAGGAUUUGAAAUUCCGUGAGACACGGAUGCUCAGUGAAUACUCGGAGCUAGAGGAAGAGAACAUAUCACUCCAAAAACAGGUGUCCAGUCUGAGAAGUUCUCAGGUGGAAUUUGAAGGUGCCAAGCAUGAGAUACGUCGUCUCACCGAAGAGGUUGAACUUUUAAAUCAACAGGUCGAUGAGUUGGCAAAUCUUAAAAAAAUAGCUGAAAAGCAAAUGGAAGAAGCUCUUGAGGCUUUGCAGGGUGAAAGAGAAGCUAAAUAUGCACUGAAAAAAGAGUUGGAUGGCCAUUUGAAUCGCGAAUCCAUGUAUCAUAUUAGCAAUCUGGCCUAUAGCAUACGUAACAAUAUCGAGGAUAAUGCUAGCAAUAAUUCCGAUGGCGAAGAAGAGAAUCUGGCCCUGAAACGUCUUGAGGCUGAUUUGAGCACUGAGCUGAAAUCACCGGAUGGCACCAAAUGUGAUCUCUUCUCGGAAAUUCAUUUGAAUGAGCUAAAGAAAUUGGAAAAACAAUUGGAGAGCAUGGAGAAUGAGAAAACCCACUUGACAAGCAAUUUAAGAGAGGCCCAAACCAGUCUCGAUAAGUCACAAAAUGAGCUACAAAAUUUCAUGUCACGCUUAGCCCUGCUGGCUGCCCAUGUCGAUGCCUUGGUUCAGUUGAAAAAGCAAAUCGAUGUGAAAGAUGCAGACAACCAGACGGAACAGAAGAAGGAUGAACUGCAGCAACAGCUGCGUGCCGUGAUCACUCAGUAUGCCAAUUGGUUUACACUCUCCGCCAAGGAAAUUGAUGGCCUCAAGACUGACAUAGCCGAACUCCAAAAGGGCUUAAACUACACAGAUGCCACAACCACUUUGCGUAAUGAGGUCACAAAUCUGAAGAACAAAUUACUCGCCACCGAGCAGAAGUCCCUGGAUUUGCAGAGUGAUGUUAAGACGCUGACACAUAUCUCCCAGAAUGCUGGCCAAAGUUUGGGCUCAGCACGCAGCACUUUGGUGGCUCUCAGUGAUGAUUUGGCUCAGCUAUAUCAUUUGGUUUGCACUGUGAAUGGAGAGACGCCCACAAGAGUCCUUUUGGAUCACAAGAGCGAGGAUAUGAGCUUUGAGAAUGACUCUCUUUCGGCCAUACAAUCGCAAUUCAAAUCGGAUGUCUUUAUUUCGCGUCCCCAAAUUGUGGAAGAUCUGCAGGGUCUAGCAGAUUCUGUGGAAAUUAAGAAAUAUGUAGAUACAGUCAGCGAUCAGAUAAAGCAUCUUAAGAACGCCGUUGAGCAUACCAUCGAUAUGAACAAACACAAAGUGCGCACCGAAAGCGGAGAGACUCCGGAAAAGGUCAACAGCGAGGAAAUGGAGGAACUGCAGGAGCAAAUUGUAAAACUCAAGAGUUUGCUAUCUGUCAAACGGGAACAAAUUGGCACAUUACGCAACGUUCUCAAGUCAAACAAACAAACCGCCGAGGUGGCUCUCACCAAUCUCAAAUCCAAAUACGAGAACGAAAAGAUCAUUGUCAGCGAUACCAUGUCCAAGCUGCGUAAUGAACUCAGGCUACUCAAAGAAGAUGCGGCCACAUUUUCAAGUCUUCGUGCCAUGUUUGCUGCACGUUGCGAGGAGUAUGUAACCCAGGUGGAUGAUCUCAAUCGUCAACUGGAGGCAGCCGAAGAGGAGAAGAAGACCCUCAAUCAGUUGCUUCGUUUGGCCGUGCAACAGAAAUUGGCCUUAACCCAACGUCUAGAGGAAAUGGAAAUGGAUCGUGAAAUGCGUCAUGUGCGCCGUCCAGUGGCACCACAGCGCGGAUCUAGCGGCAAAUCGUCGUUCAGUACACGUCCAUCGAGCAGAAAUCCAGCCAGCAGCAAUGCGAAUCCCUUCUAACAUAAAAUCAGCGUGCAGCGUAAACUUUUGGCUUUAGUUUAUACUUUGCUUAAGUUGUAAAUUCAUCUAAAAAACGAUAUAGACACCAGACACACACAUAUAUUUAUAUGUAUAAUGUGACCGAAAGCAGCUAUAACUAUAUUUCUUUAAUCUGCAACAACAACAACUAUUUACUCUAUAUAUAUUAUUAAACAAUUUGUUUCUAUUUGUAUUUAUUGAAAGUUUAGUUAGAUAAAAGAGAACAACAUGUCGAUUUUGUUUUGUGUUUAGGCAAAAAAAAAAAAUAAAAUAAAACAGCAGAUCAUCAAGCAACCAACGGUUAUUAACGGUUAGUUACUUAAACGUCCAAUUAAUUUAAUUAAAACAACAAAAAACAAAACAAAAAAAACGUAUAUCAAAAACGAAUUGUAUUUAUCCAUAUAUACACAAUAACAAAUGAAAAUGUAUUCUAGUUUGAGUUUUGUUAAAUUAUGCGUUGAUUUAAUCAUUAUAUAUAUACAUAUUUACCUAUAUUUUUGAUUUAUCAACGCUGUGCGCGCGCUCUAGCGAAAUGAAAUGAAACUUAACAAUGAAAUUGAUGAAAAUUGAUAUUUGAUGGCAAUUGGCAAAUGAAAACUAACUAUGUAUUAAUUGGCCUGCCUAAAUGAUAACUAAGAGUAUUUACUAUAACACAAACAAACACACCCAUACCCAUACACACACACACAUACAUAUUGUACGUAAUAAGAACAAAUUGAAAUGAGAUAAUACCCGUUUUUGUACCAAUUCGAUUUGACGAAUGUAAAUGAUAAUGGAUACUGAUUAUCGGUUGUCUUAAAGACAUCGCCAGAAUGU